ACGCCUCUUCUUCAUCAUCUUCUCUCUUCCGCUCUUCCUCAAAUCACCUUUCUUCUCUUCUUCGCCUUUCCUUUCUUAAUACUUUAUCGGUCCUUACCCGCCGUAUCUUCGCCUCUGCCGCUGGUGUUUUACUCCCGAGGAUCCCCCGACUGGCUCCUUGUUCUAUAUAUACCUUCAAAACCUCCGGUGCAUGUUAUAUAUAUAAAUACUCUUGUAUCUAUAUAUAUACACAGUACAUCUAGGAUCCGUCUGUUGCCGUCUGGUACAUAUUAUCACCUCCGACUGUUGCGGGACUUUUGGCCUGGAGGUUUUUAGUCGGGUCCAAGUAAAGACGAUAGCAAUAUCGUCUUUACAAAGAUCCUUCUCCCAAACCUGGAUUCCUUCUUUUCACUUUGACCUUCUCUCUCCUUGGAUCUACUGCGGCCAUUCAGUCUUCUCUCAGUCUUCCAUAUCUUCGUCCGCUCUCCAAGGAUUCCUCAGCAGUCCCAGGAUAUAUAUACAUACUUAGCCUCUCUGGAUCCCAGGACUUUUUUUCUGCCCGGAUAAUUGCUUUCCAUUGGAUCUUCGACAAUUCCAUACAUUCCCCAGGUGCACGACCCUCCGGCGUAAUGUAUCCUACUAUGCUGCCCACACCGCCGCCAUCUCCACCAUUGCUUCGCUGUUGUGCCCCGGAGGAACGUCUCGGACUGCUGUUGGCCAAUCGUCUGGAAUUGACUAGCAUCCUUGGUGUCGGCGCAUACGGCGUCGUCUACACUGCCAUCGACAUUCACACUCAUAUUCCCUAUGCGGUGAAGGCUCUCAACAAGGUUGGACUCGACCCAAGGCAGCGGAAAUUCCAGCAGCGCGAAAUCAAGCUCCACCAUCUGGCCAGCCAACACCCUAAUGUGGUCUCCCUGGUGCGCAUUAUGGAUUCCAUGGAUUGUACCUUUGUGGUGAUCGAGUUCUGCCCUGAAGGUGACUUGUUCACCAACAUCACGGAGCGUGGUCUCUUUGUCGGCAACGAUCCCUUGGCCAAGCGUGCUUUCCUGCAAAUCCUGGAUGCUGUCGACUAUUGCCAUUCCCUUGGAAUCUAUCACCGCGACCUGAAGCCGGAGAACAUCCUAGUCACGGAUGGUGGAAUGACUGUCAAGCUUGCUGAUUUCGGCCUGGCCACUACGGAUUAUCUUACCUCGGAUUUUGGCUGCGGCUCCACCUUUUACAUGUCGCCAGAGUGCCAACAGACUUCCCCACGACCUGGCUCUUGCUAUGCCUCGCCCGUCAACGAUGUGUGGAGCUUAGGCGUCAUCCUGGUAAAUCUGACCUGUGGCCGCAAUCCAUGGAAACGUGCAUCAAAUGAGGACGCAACCUUCCGAGCCUUUUUGAAGGAUCCGGAGUUUCUACGAUCCAUUCUACCUGUAUCACCGGAGUUGAAUCUGAUUCUACAAAGGAUCUUUGAAUCCGACCCAUUCAAGAGGAUAACCAUUGCGGAGUUGCGCCAACUCAUUCUUGAAUGUCCUAGGUUUACCAUGCCUGCUCCCACAACCGUUCCUACUACUACUACUACUACCACUAGAAAGUCUGGACAUCCCGAAGAAGUGUUGCCUGUUUAUCCUUACUAUGCUGGCUACCCACCCAUCCCACGGGUGGAGUUGCUCAACGCACAAUACUCUGACUCGGCGGUUUCCGAUACGUCCCUCACCGACGACGAGACCAUCUCUUCCGUCUCGUCAGACUCCGAUUAUGCAUCUGAGGGUGAGAUCGAGAGCUUUUCUGUCGAACCACAGGCUGCGCCUGAAUUCUGGGACACUAAUGCCCAAAUACCCGCUCCGGUAAAGCAACUGCCUGAGUUCUGGGAUGCCGGUGUUCGAAUACCUGCCCCGGUCAAGCCAUUUGCUCUACCACAACAUAUUGAACCUUAUAUUGCGGUUUAUUGAUCGAUCUAUUACUUUGAUCUACGUGCUAUGACAUUACGACUAACCCCAUUUUCACUUCAAAUGUGACCUUCAUUCGACCCAUUUGGUUAAUAUACCCCACCCGAGGAACACACUGGACUUCGACUUUUGAUCCUGGCAUUUCUUUUUCUUUCCCCCAUUGGACAUACACCUUUCGACUACUCGGGUCACCAUAAUUUACAGACACGGUCUGGACUGCAAAUACGUUUUUAAUUUCUUGUGGGAUUCCUUUCUCUGUUAUGUAUAAAUAUUCUGGGUUGGUUGUGCUGUUUGCGAAAGACUACAUUACGAAGAUGGAUGGCGUUUGUUUUUUGACAUGCUUAUUCAUGUUUGGUGCGGUUGUGGGAAAUUGAGCAAAAGAAAAAAAUACCCCUAUUACAUUGUUUUUGGUUACGGAGUUGGACAAGCACCUCGUCUUUUUUGGACGACUGGGAUUUUUUAUUCAUGUACGAUUUCUUUUUAUAUCAUGCCGGCUCUGUUUGUCAGAUGUUUCAGAGCGCAGGUCAGAUGAUUAUUGAGUCUGUCGUCAUUUGCCACAAGACAAACAGGCGAAUGUGGCACGCUACAGUGAUCCUGAACAAACAUACAAUAUGACAUUGUUCGAUGUAUAUAUACUUUAUCAAUGAUUUAGUAGCUUAUCAAUAAGAUAUCUCAACACUA